AUGGCCAAACCCACCCCCUUUGAUGGAAACAGGAAACAAACUGAGCAGUUCCUCCACAAAAUUAACCUAAUGAUCCUCACCAGGAAAUAUGACUUACCAGACACAUUUACCAAGAUUGCUUAUGUGCUAUCCUACAUGAAAGGAGGAUCUGCCGAGAUAUGGUCAAGGAAUUUUACCAAAGCAAGGAACUCAAAUGAGGACUGGGAAUUAUACACAUGGAAACCAACCCAAGACAUGAUCUUGGUCCAUCAGAAAAUCUCUAUGGACUUCGAAGAAUUCAACAAGACAGCAGAUGCCAGAGACAAGCUGGCUAGGAUCAACCAAGGAACAGAAUCCUUCAAAGCAUAUGUUCAGCUAUUCGAACAAAUUGCCAAACUAGCCGGGGUUGAUCUUGAAACCAAGAAAAUGCACUUCUUGAGGGGCCUCAAAUAG